AUGACUGAAGUCGCAUUAAACCAAGAAGAUCAGUCAUACAUGUUUGAUGAUGUAGCCACCCCAGUGAAAGCAUGUAGUGAGUUGGGUUAUCAUGUCACAACAGGUUGUGCUUUUUUCUGUUCUCAGGUUAUCAAUUCGAUGCCUGUUGUGCAUAUAAUGAUGGUUUCUAAUCUAAAGAGUUUGGCUUCAGAUGACACGAUGAAGAAACUGGAAGUGCAAAGUGAGACACGCUCUGCUGUAAAGAGGCGUCGCAUGUUACAAUUCGAAGACCAGCCUAUGGAGACAUCCCUUUUCAGCAGUGAGAGCUUUUCUGCAAUCUUAAAAUCAAGCGCUAGAGACGAAACAUUUGAUGAGCUUUUACCCGAAGGAACUCAGCUUAUAGAAGGGUAUUCAGAAGACGCUUCUGCAUCUAGCUUCGAGGGCUUUGAUCUGUAUGCUGAAGAGUGGUACGCUGAAUGCUUAAAUGAUUCCGAGACUCCAAGCUUACCUGAUGACCUGAGCUUUGGUUCCCCUGAUGUCCAAGUAGAUAUUUCAGAGUACUUAAAUGUGCCACCAGAACCAGAACCCAGGGAAGUUAAGCGGCCUGUGAGUCGAUCAUCUCCGAAUGUGAUCUUUAAAGGUAGGAAAUCUUUCGUAAGGCCGGUGCCAAAGCUACCAUCUUCCAUCAUCUAUCCAUUUGCAUUCAUCAAACCAUGUGGGGUUCACGGCGACAUGACUCUCAAGGACAUAAACCAGAAAAUCCGAACUCCACGAGCAAAACCAAAGGAAGACAAAGCAGAGCCUCCAGUGAUCCAAACUUCAGCAUUCUCUGGGAAACCUGUUGUAGGAAAGACUAGAAUCCGCACAGAAGGAGGAAAAGGAAGCAUCACGAUAAUGAGGACGAGAGGCUAA